AUGGCAGGAGGCCGGAGGAAAAGUCUUAUGAGUCAAGUUGCCGGUAAAGCUGGCAAGAGCUUAAUGAAAGCCUUGAGCGGGAAGGGUGACAAUCCGGAAGAUCCGGAUCGCAUUGGAGACCGAGAUGUCCUUGCUUCCGCCCGUAUAAGAAAUCAGUUAGCUCGAGAAGCAGCGUUACAGCGGGAAGAAGAGAGACUGAGACGAGAAGCUGUUGCAGCUGGAGCCGCACCCUGUGGACCUACACGCGAUCUCCAGCUAGCUCGUAGUACAUUGCCACAUGCCGACGACGAUGAUGAUGACCACAACAACAAUCCCGAUAAUAUGGAUACUGACGAGGAGAUGGAGGAAGAUGAUGAACCAGCAGAUGUAUAUCAGGAUCGUAGAGGUGGUCGUGCCUUACCCUUUCCGCAGCUGCCUGGUCCGGCGUACUUGGAGGGUCCGUGCGAGGGAGGGCCACAAAAUUUAGAGUUUAUGCGAUGGUUCAAGUCGCAUAUAGCGAUGUACAUUUGGGAAGGAUAUGAGCGCCGUGAAACUACACGGUGCGAGUCGAGGACCAAAGCACUCGAGGACUACCGCGGCCCACAGAAUAACACGAUGAUUGCGAGACUGGAGGCAACAGGUCUUUACCACUUACGAGACUGUUUUCUGAAGAGGAUGAACAAGAACCUCAUGCUAGCUUUCGUGGAGAGGUGGCCGCCGGAGAUGAACAGUUUUCACAUGCCAUGGGGCGAGAUGACGAUCACGCUCCACGAUGUCGCUUUCAUCCUGGCGUUGCGGUUGGACGGACCGCCAGUGUCUGAAAUUCGCCCGGUAGAAGAGUGCUCACAGAGUCUUGCAUCUGUAUUGGGUGUCGGUCAGAUGGACACCAAUGACAUGUUUCGAAACAAGGGAGUUGGUUGGGUUAAGGUGAGAGAUCAGUUGACCCUUCCCUCCGCCACAGACGAGAAGAAGAUGAAGGGCUACUUGAUGUUUCUACUUGGGUCUGUUUUGUUUGUAGACAAAACAGCGUGUAACAUGAAGUCGUGGUGGAUCCAUUUUACCAACGAUCUCGAUAAUGUCGGCAAUUAUUCGUGGGCUUCGGCAUGCUUAGCAAACAUGUACCGCCAAUUGGGUAUUGCCACCCGCGCUGGGAUGAACAGUCUGUGUGGAUGUGUUAUUCUCCUUCUGUGCUGGAUCUUUGAGCAUUUCCCCUGCUUUCGACCACGUCUUUCCCGUUUAUAUGCCGAGUUUGAGCCUCGAUGCAGAAGGUGGGCCCAUGGUGGAGGCAAUAAAACCACGCUGCAGGAAUACCGGAAAAUACUCGACGCCAUGACCGAAAGAGAUUUCAUGGAUAUAGUGGAGCCGUACAUGCCCGACCGAGCGUUGCGGCAGUUUGGAAGAGUCCAGACUAUUUCUUUCCCGAUAAUUGAAUCGAACUUGCCACAUAACCGCGGCUUGUUUGGCGCGGGAUACAAAGUCACUUUCCACGCUCCUGGCGGCUUGUGGCAGAACGAGUACGCCAACUUCAUUGACCUGUCGCAAUACCCUGAAGCCUGGCCGCCGGAAAAAGUUGCCGAGGAGUACAUGAAGUGGUACAUCGAGCGGACGCACCAGUUCAUUAGCAACCCUGAUAGAGUUCCGCCUGCAGAACAGGUUGUUGCUGCGGUGCCGCCAGACCAGCCGUUCGCCAACGACAUAGCUCGGCUCCUAGUUCCGAUCGUGUUCGGUUUGACUGGUGACGACGCAGCAGAGGCAUUCCUGAGCAUUCAGCCGCAGUUGAGGGACUUGUUGACGCCACAUGCCCACUAUUUGCGUCUCUUAGGAGGGGUCGCGGGGGAGGUCCGAGGACUCGGGGUCGGGGGUCGAGGGGUGGUUGCACCUGACUAUUGGUAUCGUGUGUUGUGA